AUUCAUGCAAAGGGUCUGGCUGCUGCUCUUUGGGAAUAAUACAGAUUGGAGAAGAUGGGACCCCACCCUCUGAUGUCCUGUUCCCAGGACAUGGUGACCUUCCCUGAUGUAGCCGUGAGCUUCUCCCCAGAGGAGUGGCCGUGUCUGGAUGCCUCUCAGAGGAUGCUCUACAGAGAUGUGAUGCUGGAGACCUACCAGCACCUGCGGGCCAUAGAAUGCAGACCACCAGUUCAGAAUCCCACCUUUCAACAACUUACUUUUGGAACCGUAUCUCCAAACUGGAGUGAAUUGGGAAACAGCAAGCCUCGCUGGGUUGUGAGUGAUCCUGUGCUGUGGGACAGAGUCUCGAAGGAACCACCCUGCUCGAAUCUUGAUGGGAGUGAGGACUCAGUGGUCAUCUGUUCUCUGGGAACCCAGAGUGAAGAGAGCAUCCUCGCUGUGGAGACCCGGUCCAUUGGUCACAGCAGUCCUAAGUCUCCUUCGCGCAGUCCCUGGACUCAGACCUCCACAGUGGGGUCACCGUGGGCCAAGCAACCAACAGAAUUUGCUCUGAGCCCCUUGGAGGCUCACAAGCACAUUCUUCAUAGAAUGGAGCCCCCUACCUUUAAGCAAUAUUUGGAGGCCUUCCCAUACACUUGGCACCUUUAUGCACCCUCAGACACACCGAUUACACAGGAUUCUUCUGAAUGUCAACAAGGUGGACAUGCUUUGAGUCAACUGUCACACCCGAGUGAUCCUAAGGAAGUCCGGACAGGAAACGCAUGUCAUAUAUGCUCAGAGUGUGGCAAGGCCUUUACUUACUCCUCAGCCCUUACUAUACACAAAAGAACUCACAAGAAAAUUCAUACAGGAGGGAAGCCUUAUAUAUGUCAGGAGUGUGGGAAGUCCUUUGCUCAUCCUUCACAGCUUAUUAGGCACAUGAAUAUUCAUACUGGAGAGAAACCUUAUUCAUGUCAGGAAUGUGGGAAAGCCUUUGCUCAAUUCUCACAUCUUAUAAGGCACAAGAAUAUUCAUACAGGAGAAAAGCGUUAUUCAUGUCAGGAGUGUGGGAAAACCUUCACUCAGUCCUCAAAUCUUUCUGGGCACAUGAAAAUUCAUACUGGAGAGAAGCCUUAUUCAUGUCAGGAGUGUGGGAAAGCCUUCACUCAUUACUCACAGCUUACUACGCACAUGAAUGUUCAUACUGGUGUGAAACCCUAUACAUGUCAGGAAUGUGGGAAGGCCUUCGCUCAUCCCUCACAACUUUUUAGGCACAUGAAUAUUCAUACUGGAGAGAAACCUUAUUCAUGUUAUCAGUGUGGGAAAGCCUUCACUCAAUCCUCAACCCUUUCUGGGCACAUGAAAAUUCAUACCGGAGAGAAGCCUUAUUCAUGUCAGGAGUGUGGGAAGGCCUUUAUUAAAUCCUCACAACUUACAGUGCACAUUAAAAUUCAUACAGGAGAGAAGCCUUAUUCAUGCCAGGAGUGUGGUAAGGCCUUCGCUCAUUAUGCACAGCUUACUACACACAUGAAUAUUCAUACUGGCGAGAAGCCCUAUACAUGUCAGGAGUGUGGGAAGGCCUUUGCUCGAUCUUCGACCCUUUAUGUGCACAGGAAAGUUCAUACAGGAGAGAAGCCUUAUUCAUGUCAAGAGUGUGGGAAGGCAUUCGCUCAAUCCUCAAACCUUACUACGCACAUGAAUGUUCAUACAGGAGAACAGCGUUAUUCAUGUCUGGAGUGUGGGAAGGCUUACACUUUCCAAGCAGGCCUUCAUAAACAUAAGAGAAUUCAUUCUGGAGAGAAACAAGCAGUGCAUAAGGAAUGUGAGAAGGCCUUCACUGCUAUUCAAACCUUUUCAUAG